UCUCAGCCCAGAUUAUCGCUGCCUGGCUCCUAUUAUUAUAAUCACCUCUCUACUCCAUGGCGUCCUCUCAGACUGCGUCCUCCGCUCUGGAACGACUCACCUUUAACAACACCGCGUUGAAACGGCUCCCGGUAGAUGUCUCCGCCGAGCCCGGCUCCAGGACUGUCCAGGGAGCGUGUUUCUCCCGUGUCGGCUCUCUUCAUCCACUGCUCCGGCCCAGAAUCGUGGCGCUGUCCCAGUCAUCUUUCUCUCUACUGGGCCUGAGUGCGCAAGACGUGCUGGACGACCCUCUGGCCCCGGAGUAUUUGAGCGGCUCCAGGCUGCUGCCUGGUUCCGAGCCGGCUGCACACUGCUACUGCGGGCAUCAGUUUGGGCUGUUCGCGGGUCAGCUGGGUGAUGGAGCGGUCAUGUAUCUGGGGGAGGUGGAGUCGGAUACCCAAGGACAUUGGGAGAUACAGGUGAAAGGUGCUGGAGUCACACCUUACUCCAGAGACGGUGAUGGUAGGAAGGUGCUUCGCUCCAGCAUCAGAGAGUUCCUAUGCAGCGAAGCCAUGUUUGCCCUGGGGAUCCCCACCACCCGAGCAGCAUCCCUUGUUACCUCUGACCUCCACGUCGGCAGAGCCUCCAACAAUGGUGAACGGAUUCCGGAGCAUUGCUCAGUUGUCAUGCGUCUCUCCCCUUCUUUCAUCAGAUUUGGCUCCUUUGAGAUCUUCCUGAGCCGGGAUGAAUUCUCUGGCCUGCAGGGUCCCAGUGCGGGGCGCCAUGACAUCCGUGCUCAGCUGCUGGAUUAUGUGAUUGAGAGUUUCUAUCCACACAUUCAGCAGGCUCACAACAACAGGAAAGAAAGAAAUCUCUCUUUUUUUAGAGAGGUGAUGAUGCGGACUGCAAAGCUGGUGGCCCAGUGGCAGUGUGUUGGAUUUUGCCAUGGUGUCCUCAACACAGACAAUAUGAGCAUCCUGGGUCUGACUCUGGACUAUGGGCCCUUUGGUUUCAUGGACAGAUUUGAUCCAGAUUUUGUCUGCAAUGCCUCAGACAAAAGGAGGCGCUAUUCGUACCAAGCGCAGCCCUCCGUGUGCCGCUGGAACCUGGCCCGUCUGGCCGAGGCGUUGGGCUCUGAACUGAAGGCAGCGGAUGCAGGAGCGGUGCUGGAUGAUUUUAUGCCCACUUACGAGGCUUUCUACCUGUGUGGCAUGAGAAAAAAGUUGGGACUCGUGAGAACAGAAGAGGCAGAGGACAGAGAAGUUGUGUCAGACCUAUUGCGGGUCAUGCACAACACAGGGGCUGAUUUCACCAACACUUUUCGCCUUCUGAGCCGUGUACCUUGGCCUGAGGGAGGAGAUGAUGAGAGGGCCACUGUGGGGCCAGUGGUGGACCUCAUUCUAAAGCAGUGUGCCUCCAUUGAGGAGUUAAAGGUGGCUAAUAAGCCUACGAUGGAGGACCGUGAACUGGCAAUGAUUCUGUCCAUGGCACACACCAACCCAGUUAUGUUCGGAAUGGUAGCAGACGGGCCAGACGUGGCCCAGCAGCUGGAACUCAUGGGCCGGCUAAAAGAGCUCCUAGAGACGGAUCAAGAAGAGCUGAAAGAAAAACAACGCGAUGACUGGAUCCGCUGGAUUUGCCGAUACAGGAGGCGCUUAGGCCGGGAGUUUGAUGGCACACGUGACUUGCACCUUGUUAAAAAAGAGAGGCUAAGCAUGAUGAACAGGAGCAAUCCCCGUGUGGUUCUUCGCAACUACAUUGCACAGAAUGCUAUUCAAGCAGCAGAUAAAGGAGACUUCUCUGAGGUUAACAGAAUUCUGAAAGUUCUGGAGGACCCGUACACAGACCCUGAACCUUUGUGCCAACAAGAUGGAACAUGUGAUGAAAAAGAGAAGCGGUUUGCUGAUGGCUACGAUGCUAAGCCUCCUGCUUGGGCUCAAAAAAUUUGCAUCACUUGAUCCACUUAGAGCCUCCCUAGGCUGCUGCUGCGAGAAAGAGAGAGAGAGAGCAACGUCUGUUUUCACUGCUGGAGUACAGCAAACAGAUUAUUUGUCAUAUGUUUAUGUUACAUCUAAAACAUGACAUAGAUAGGAGAAGAACAUUUACAUCAGCCACCCAGUUAGUUUCUCUCAGACUCUCUUCUGUUGCAUAAAGGGAGGAUGUUAUUUUGUGGUGUGUUCCGCCAUUCAUUUUUGCGCAGAAUUAAGUUUGAUCAAAUUGCAAGGCAGUUUUAUAUGUAAAAAAUAAUAUUAGAGUUUAUAGUAGAAAAAAUCUUCAAAACUAUUGGUACCUCUGUAUUUAUGUGUAAAAAGUCUUUAAACAAAGUCAUAUUUAAUUUCAUAAGCCUAAUAUUACACCAACAAACUGAGAAAAAUUAGAUUAUUUUAAUCAGUUUGGCAAUACUUCAAAUAGAAACCAUAAAAUCAAAAAAAAAAAAAAAGGAUACAAAAAAUCUACCAGGUUUAGUUUUUCAUCAAAUGUCCAUCAUGGAAAACAACUGCUAAAAAAGUCUAGUUGACAAAAACUAGAUCUAUGAAAACCAGAUCAGGUUUCCAUACCAAUACUUUAUUAUUUAAUAAAUUCUGUCCUUAUUCAAAAUACCAGAAACUUGCCUAAUGCCACAUAGACCUUCAGUGAAAAGACAAACACUACACAAUGGUUUAGUGGAAGAGAAUGAUUCACGUGGAAAAGAACCUCGUUCCCAGUGUGAAGUACGGUGGAGGAACUAUGAUGCUGUGGACCUGCUUCAUCAAGAAACAUUUUGGGAACCCUAUUGGAGUGGAUAACUCUUUUAAUACCAGGAGUAUUUCAGCAACGGCACUAACAAAGAAAUUGUUAAUAUGCCAUACAAUCACUAUAUCAUAAAAAAUAUUUAUAACUUCUACUCCAAGGAUGCCAAUAAGUAUGCAGGGCACUGUCAAUUUAGCAAUACACUUCAAUUACUGUUUUUUAUAGACUGAAUGGAAUCAGGUGGACUUGCACUGUGUCAAAGCUCAUAUUGACAAACGUACAACUUCAUAAUAAUUCUAAUGCGGAUGAAGAAUGACGGCUCAGAUGACCAGUCACAUAGUGACCUGUCUGAGCCUGAAGCUAUGGGAACACACCAGAAACUUACACCUAAACGAAACAAUCACUGGACUGAAUUUUAGCCUGUAAAAUGCCAACUUGUGCUGCAUUUGCUGUGAAUGACAUGAGUAGAG